AUGGAAAUCAUACCGGCUCCGCCAACGGACCAAAUCAAACCGGUAGACAACAUCCGCACAUGCACCUUCUUCAUCGUCCGAGAGCUCCUCGACCAAGGCCGCCUCAAAAACGCGCUGGACGACCUCAUCCGACAUCACUGGCGCAAGCUGGGCGGACGGCUCGUCUCCCGGCCUCGGGACAAACGACUAGAGUACCAAGUUCCCGACAAGUUCGACGACCAUCAUGUGCUGUUUAACUGGUCUAGCGCGACAUACGGCCACUCGAUCGACAAGGUCCCCGCCGUGGUCUGCUCGCCGCCGCAAGACCGAGGCGUGCUGCUCCUCCCGCCAGUCGAAGAGGUAGAUUCGCGCUUCAGGCCUGCUGAGUGGCCGCUCCACCGCCGCGACGAGCCCCCCGACGCGCCGCUACUAUACGUCCACCUGUCCCUGUUUGAGGACGCGACGAUUAUAUGCAUCAGUGCUCCGCAUGCCCUGGGCGACCAGAUGGGCCUCGGCAACAUGAUGCGGGCAUGGCUGGGGCUGGUUGACGGCAAGACGCCUCCGCCCAUGGUUGGCUACCGGGGCGACUUGAUGCCGGGCGCUGACAGACCGUAUGCCGAUUGGCCUAGGCACGAGGUUUGCCGAAAGGGAAAGCAGAGGAUACUCGGCAUGGUCGAGUACUUUCUCGUGCUCAUCAUCGUCAUUCUCGACCUUGCGGUGAAUCCGAGGGAGAAGCGGCACGUCAUGUUCAUCCCCCUGCCGUUGAUACGAUCGUUGCGUGAGCGGUACUCGAAGACGCUGGCGGAAAAGCACAGCGACUUUACCAGAAUCAGCGACGGAGACGUCGUAACAGCUAUUGCCUUUAAAUUAUCCCGGAUAAACAAGAAAACACCAUGGCGUCACACCCUUUCGCAGACGGUAAACCUCCGCGGUCGCAUCCCGUUGCUGCAAGGCGACGCACCCGAGGCCUUUAUCCACAACGCCAUCUGCAGCUCCGCGACCCAGAUACAGCUCGACCAGUCCGUGCCGGCCAGCGAAAUCGCCUGGGCAAACCGCAAGGCCAUCCAGGAAGCCUUGCGGCCCGAGGAAAUCGAGGUCCAGAUGACCGUGUAUCGCGAGAUGGUUCGCGUCGGCCAGGGCACCCUUAUCUGCGAGCCGUUGCAGCGAUUUCUCCACGUUACCAACUGGUGCGCGGCCUGGAAGGACUUGGACUUUAGCCCGGCCGUCGACGCUAGGAGGAGGGAGAAGGGCGAGGGUAAGGGCAAGGGCGAGAAGCCCAAGGUCGUGGUGCUGGGGCACGCUGUGGAGCCGGGGACGCCCCUUCGGUACUUGCUGAUUGUCUUUUCGAGGUCGGAGGAGGGAUACUACAUGCAGUUUUCGGCGGCGAAGCCGACCAUGAGGACGGUGGCGGAAUUCUUGGCCGAGAACCCGGACUUGGAGGGCUUCUAA